AGAAGCUCAGGCGCGCGAGCAGUGCGCGCCCAACGAGCCCAAAGAAUUAUCGCCGAAGGAACUGGCCGUCACCGCCGAGCCCCCCUGGCGCAGACGAUGUGGGCGCUCGCCCUGCUGCUCGACGGGCUGCUCGCGCGGCCCGCGGCGGCGAGCCAGGCCGUGCAGCCAGGACGGCCGAGGCCGGCGCAGGCCCCGGAGCACGCAGGCGGGCGACUGCUGCGCUCGGAGGCGGCCGUCGGCGCCGGCGCCGACGUCGUGGUUCUCCUGCAGCCGGCCCAGCUCCAGCAGGCACAGCGCGGGCCUGCGGCGCGGUCGUCGCCGUCAGUCCUGGCGCCGGCGCAGCCGGCUCCGACUCCAGCGGGGGCAAUCGCGGGCAGUCAGACGAUGUCGUCUCCGCUGGCCGUUUUCUACCACGUCUUCCAGAAGGAUGAUUCAGAAGGUGCUAAUCUGACAGGCUCCAUUGUCAAAGAGCACAUGGACGUUGUAAAGGCGUCCGCCGCCUUUCGCGCAGGCUUGACGUUGAACUACGUUUUCAUAGGCCCCAUCGGCAGCAAAGUACCAGAGCUGAUCAAUUGCCCCACGUGCCACCAGCUAGAGCAUAAGCAAGCUGGCGACGAAGUCGUUACUCUUCAGUACCUUUUUGAUCAUUGCAAGCACAAUCCUUCGGAUCGUGUACUGUACAUGCACAGCAAAGGGUCUUUCCAUAAGAAGCCUGAAAAUGACGACUUCAGGCGCUUCCUGACCAAGGGGGCCUGGUCAGACGCAUGCCAGAACAUGCCCCAGGAGUGCAACGCGUGCGGGUCACGGUUCAGCCCCCUGCCGCACCAACAUUUCCCAGGCAACAUGUGGGUGGCCAGGUGCGAGUACGUCUCUCGCUUGGUCGAGCCCUCCAAGAUGGCGACGGCCAUGCAGAAGGUGACGAUGCUCUCGGGGGGCGUCGGCGAGAGUGGUGUUCCGACCUCGGGGCAACCUUUGGAACUCGACUGGGAUGGACAGAUGUCGGCUUGGCUCGGGCUCGGCCGGUUCGCCAUGGAGCAUUGGUUACCGUCCCACCCGAGUCACGCCCCUUGCGAUGUGUACGGCGGGACCGACUACAUUUGGGCCUACGACGGGAUCCCGACGACCUGGACCCCGAAGUUGUACAAGUUGCCGAGGCCGGACCUGCCGCUGAGCCACUACUGCAAGCACAACGGGGGGCCCGACCAGAAUCUGACGAAGGUGAAGGCGUGGCGCCUCUUCGAGUGGCAGACUCUGUACCCCGGGGCUCCGAGGCGGUCUGGCCCCCUCUGGCGCUACUACGAGGCGAGCGCAGGUGGGCUCUGCAGCGCCCAGCCCGACCAGCCCUCGUGGCAUUAGUUGGGCGUCUCCACGGCGGUCUGGCCCCCUCUGGCGCUGCCACGGGGCGAGAGCGCAGGUGGCCUUUGCAGUGCACGGCCCGACCAGCCCUCCUGGCGUCAGGCCGGGCCCAAAACGCCGAGGAUCCAGGGAGUGGCGGGCAAGGGCACGGUUGAGGGCCGCGUGCCUGGGCAGGGGUGCAGGCUCGUAUCCCGAGGCGCCCACGGUGGUCGCGGGCUCUUGCCCGAGCGCCCCCGCCAAGCAAGGCUCGGGUGCGGCCAGCAGGGGGCCGAUGACUAGGUGGGCUGGACAUCACGGCGUGGGCCACGAUAGUUCCCCAGAGUUCAUGGCGCCUCUCCUCCUCUCGUUGCGUCCCUGCCCCCCCCCUCCCCUGGGCCGCACACAUGCCGCCGGCCAUGCUUUGCGCCCCCCCCCGCUCUUGGACGCCCCCCUCUUGGCCGAUCCCGAAGAGGCGGCGGGGGCACCGGCCCGAGAGCCCGAGCCUGCCUCCGGGGCACCGUGCGGGGGCGGGAGAGCGAGGGCCGCGGGCAGAACGCCACAAAGAGCAGGCCAGCCCGCGGGCGAGUAACGUUCCAGAACGCCGCUUAAUGCAGCGGCUUCGAGGCUCGCCGCUGUCUCCGUCGGGUGUCAGGUGAGUCACCUGACGGAGACAGCGGCCCCGCGGUGGGGCGAACGCAUCGCGUCCGCCUCCUUUGCUGUGCCCAGGUGCCCGUACCGCUGCCCUCCGCCCGUUUCCCCCUUUGGGGGGCCUCCUGGGGGGGCCCUCGUCGCCACCGCUGGAUUCGCCUCGAAGUGCCAGUCAGAGCGCACCCCAGGAGAGGUCCGGGGAGCAGCGGUAUUGGUACGUUUGGGCUCAAUGUCCCGCACCGUCUGCACCGUUCCGCACCGUCUGCGCCGCUAGAUGUUAUCGGAAAUCCUGGAUUGUGUCCUGAGCCAGUGUUAGCAUGACAUCACUCUCGCCUUAGAGGAGGAGACGGCAAAGGACCG